AUGGCGGCGGCGGCCGCGGCGGCAGCAGCGCUGGGUGUCAGGCUCCGGGACUGCUGCAGCCGGGGCGCCGUGCUCCUGCUCUUCUUCUCCCUUUCACCUCGGCCCCCGACCGCUGCUGCCUGGCUUCUGGGUCUGCGGCCGGAAGACACAGCUGGAGGCCGUGUAUCCCUGGAAGGGGGCACCCUGCGCGCUGCCGAAGGCACCAGCUUCCUCCUGCGGGUCUACUUCCAGCCUGGGCCGGCGGCCCCCUCCGCGCCUGUGCCUGCACCCUCCCUGGCCCCGGGGGAGAACGGCACAGGCGAUUGGGCCCCGCGGCUCGUGUUCAUCGAGGAACCCCCCGGUGCGAGCGGCGUGGCGCCCAGCGCGGUCCCCACGCGUCCCCCGGGACCGCAGCGCUGCCGCGAGCAGAGCGACUGGGCGUCGGACGUGGAGGUCCUGGGGCCCUUGCGCCCCGGGGGCGUGGCGGGCUCGGCCCUGGUCCAGGUGCGGGUGCGGGAGCUGCGUAAGGGCGAGGCGGAGCGCGGUGGCGCGGGCGGCGGCGGGAAGCUCUUUUCGCUGUGCGCCUGGGACGGGCGCGCUUGGCACCACCACGGCGCCGCCGGCGGCUUCCUGCUGCGCGUCCGCCCGCGGCUCUACGGCCCGGGUGGGGACCUGCUGCCGCCCGCGUGGCUGCGAGCGCUCGGGGCGCUCCUGCUGCUGGCCCUGUCCGCCCUGUUCAGCGGCCUGCGCCUGAGCCUGCUCUCGCUGGACCCGGUGGAGUUACGGGUGCUGCGGAACAGUGGCUCGGCCGCCGAGCAGGAGCAGGCGCGCCGCGUGCAGGCCGUGCGCGGCAGGGGGACCCAUCUGCUCUGCACCCUGCUCCUGGGCCAAGCCGGUGCCAAUGCCGCGCUGGCCGGCUGGCUGUAUGCCUCGCUGCCGCCGGGCGUCGGGGGCACCGGGGAGGACUAUGGCGAGGCGGGGGUUCACUUCCCGUGGCUGCCAGCGCUCGUGUGCACCGGCGCGGUGUUCCUGGGAGCCGAGAUCUGUCCCUACUCGGUGUGUUCACGGCACGGGUUGGCCAUAGCCUCGCACAGUGUGUGCCUGACCCGGCUCCUCAUGGCUGCCGCCUUCCCGGUGUGCUACCCGCUGGGCCGCCUCCUGGACUGGGCGCUGCGCCAGGAGAUCAGCACCUUCUACACGAGGGAGAAACUGCUGGAGACUCUGCGGGCCGCGGACCCUUACAGCGACCUGGUGAAGGAAGAGCUCAACAUCAUCCAAGGCGCCCUGGAGCUGCGCACUAAGGUGGUAGAGGAGGUGCUGACCCCCCUUGGGGACUGCUUCAUGCUGCGCUCCGACGCUGUGCUUGACUUCGCCACAGUAUCCGAGAUCCUCCGCAGUGGUUACACUCGCAUCCCUGUGUAUGAGGGCGACCAGAGGCACAAUAUUGUGGACAUUCUGUUCGUUAAAGACUUGGCCUUUGUGGACCCGGACGACUGUACCCCGCUGCUCACAGUCACCCGCUUCUACAACCGGCCCCUUCACUGCGUCUUCAAUGACACCCGGCUGGACACGGUGCUGGAGGAGUUUAAGAAGGGAAAGUCCCACCUGGCCAUUGUCCAGAGAGUGAACAGUGAAGGCGAAGGGGACCCUUUCUAUGAGGUGAUGGGCAUUGUCACCCUGGAGGACAUCAUAGAAGAGAUCAUCAAGUCAGAGAUCCUGGAUGAAACUGACCUCUACACUGACAAUCGGAAAAAGCAGAGGGUCCCACACCGGGAGAGGAGGCGGCAUGACUUCUCUCUGUUCAAGCUCUCAGACUCAGAGAUCAGAGUGAAGAUCUCGCCACAGCUAUUGCUUGCCACGCACCGCUUCAUGGCCACAGAAGUGGAGCCCUUUAAGUCUCUCUACCUUUCGGAGAAGAUCCUGCUCCGGCUACUGAAGCAUCCCAACGUGAUCCAGGAGCUGAAGUUUGAUGAGAGAAAUAAGAAAGCCCCAGAACAUUACCUCUACCAGCGCAGCCGCCCUGUGGACUAUUUUGUGUUGCUUUUACAGGGUAAAGUGGAAGUGGAGGUUGGCAAGGAAGGCCUUCGCUUUGAGAACGGAGCCUUUACCUACUACGGUGUUCCUGCCAUCAUGACCACGGCUUGCUCAGAUAAUGACGUGCGGAAGGUUGGAAGUCUGGCCGGAUCCUCUGUCUUUCUGCCCGUCUCUGUGUCUCGUACCUUCGCCUUCAGCAGAGGGGACUCUCUGGCAGGCUCCCCAGUAAACCGGUCCCCUUCUCGCUGCAGCGGCUUGAAUCGCUCCGAGUCUCCGAACCGAGAGCGCAGUGACUUUGGCGGGAGCAACACGCAGCUGUACAGCAGCAGCAACAACCUCUACACACCUGACUACUCGGUGCACAUCCUCAGCGAUGUGCAGUUUGUGAAGAUCACACGACAGCAGUACCAGAAUGCACUCACGGCCUGCCACAUGGACAGCUCGCCCCAGUCCCCAGACAUGGAAGCUUUCACUGAUGGGGACUCCACCAAGGCCCCUACGACCCGAGGCACACCCCAGACUCCAAAGGAUGACCCAGUCCUCGCACUCCUGGGCAACAGGACCAGCUUGCCGUGCAGCCGCUCAGAUGGUCUGAGGAGCCCCGGGGAGGUCGUGUACCUGAGGAUGGAGGAGAUGGCCUUCCCCCAGGAAGAAAUGGCCGACUUUGAGGAGAACAAGACACCCCAGCUCUCACUGUCCCCUGCAGCUGUUCCCACAACAGCAGGUCAGAAGACCGAAUGCUGUAACAUCCACCUGGAGCCCGAGGCCAGCCCCAGCAGCAGCGACUGUGAGGAAACCAUGGGCAAGAAGCUGCUAAGAACCUUGAGUGGUCGGAAAAGGAAGAGGUCAGCAGAUGGAGAGAAAGCCUCUGAGGAAAACUCCAAUUUAACACCUCUGAUCACCUGAUGAGGGGAAGACCUCACUGGCCGCGUGUGAAAUUCCAAGGCUUUGGGGAAGACCCACCCUCCCAUCACCUGCUUCCCCCAGGCCUCCCACGGUGACAGAACAUCCUGCCCUCCACCUUACACCCCUCUCCGUCAGUCUGACAAGUUUUCCCAGUUGUCUCCAAUUUGACACAGAAGGAGAUGCCUGAGAUGGGAGAGGCUAAAGUGGUCUUGUCCAUAGCAUAGUCCAGGACUGGCAGGGAGAUGACCCCAAGCUGGCAAUGCCUCUCUGAGGCUCCCAGUGAUCUUCUUUGUUCUUUGGUGUCCCUGGACCACAGGAGACCCAUGUCCUGGAAUUGACCAUUCUUUCUUCCAGAACAAAAUAACCCUUUCUGCCAUAGUUCAUGCUUAGGAUUAACUCUGGAGGUGAUGCGGGGAGAGAGGUGUAUUCGAGUCUAGAGGAGCAGGUGUGAAGGUCAGCUCCAGGGAUGGACAAGGAUUCUUCUACCAGAACUUCAGAGUAUGGGACUCACUGUCAGAAGCCCUGAGGAAGGGCAAGCGACAAAAGCUUGAGCCACCGUGUCUCCUCAGGAUGUGUCAGCUUGGGCUUCCAGUAGCUAAUCUCUCGAUAAGCCAGCUUCAGAAAAGGAGGAUCAGGGAGCACAGAGACCAAGUUGUGAGCCAGACAUGGAACUUCAGGUUUUAAGUGAAAAAUCAAAGCAGGAAAAAAAAAAAACCUUACAAGAAAAAAAAAAACUUGUAAGUUGUUACAGUGACUUUAGCCAUG